GAGUCCAUUCCUCAACGAAUUGGGGCUGUUCUGGGUUGCAACUCAAUAUUAGGAAGGUGUUCCUAAUGUUUUGUACACUAUUUAUAUUAACGGUUUACUUUAAACCAAUCAUGUCGGGAGAAUACACCAAUUUGGGGAUGUAGUCCGCCAUAAAACCCACAGAAGAAGAAUAAUCAUUUUUGGGAGGAUUGGACCAAUGCACCAAUAGUAAUCAGGGGCGGCUUGUUGUGGUACUGUGCUAGAUAGGUUGCGCAGUGAAGAAAAGUCACCACCUUGCAAUAGCUCUCAAAUCGAGGCAAUCAGGGAUGUCGAGCGCUGUGCUAGCAUAGCACGUAUGGCUAGCUACAUGGCAGUCGGUUUGUGUCGAAAGCAGGACAAAUCGGAACCGUUUUAUGACUGCAAAACAUUGUUGUACAUUUAAGAUACAGGGCAAUACUCGAGCGUGUUAAAGUCAAACUCGACCUGCUUCGUUGCUAGCAAGCUACGCUACAUAUUUAGCAAGCUAGCUUGCUAGGUCAAGUGUACUGUAGCAGACAACAACAUUAGCCUCUUGCAAACAUGGCUGCGAUGAGAGCUUCCUAUCACAAGCUCCUGGACAAGAUCGGGCUUAUUUUGCCAGCCAAACUGAGACCUCUCUACAAUCACCCUGCAGGUCCAAGGACUGUUUUCUUCUGGGCCCCAAUGUUCAAAUGGGGGCUGGUUGGGGCUGGUCUGGCAGAUAUGAGUCGACCAGCCGAGAAACUGAGUCUUUCCCAGUCUGGUGUACUGACAGCCACAGGUCUGACCUGGUCCAGAUACUCUUUGGUCAUCAUUCCAAAGAACUGGAACCUCUUCGCUGUCAAUUUAUUUGUGGGUAGUGCUGGAAUAUCCCAGCUCUACAGGAUCUUCCAGUAUGAGCAAGGGAAGAAGACACUAGCAAAGGAGGCUCACCCUGCAGAGUGUUGAGUGUCACCAAUCCAACUCCCUUGAUCGAAAGGGAGCCUCAUCACUGGCACAAACCCAGCCCCUCCACCCUCGUUCAAUUUUACAGUAGAAAAAAAACAAUGUUCAUUGCUGAAGUUCAUGUAAUUUGCCUGGAUUUCUUCAGGUUUAUAAUGGCAUAUUAACCCUUACCAAAACACACUCAAAUGGUUGUCAUCUAUGCACAAUAUGUUGUAUUUUGAAGUUUUACUUAAUGCGACAAGUUGUAUGAUUGUAUAUUAAUUUAAGAAUAUACAAAUUUCAUUAUUAAUAUUUAUAAUGCAUUUUUUGGGAAGAUGUAGCUUUUUUCCAAACUUUUUUUUUUGUAGUCAUGAUACCUCAUGGAGUGGUUUCCUAAGAAUGAAGAUCUUGAAUCUGUGUUGAAUGUGGUUAAAAGGAAUGUCUCCAAGUAUUUAUUUUAUUAGACGUGUCACUUUUUCAUACCACAUGCUUAUCAACUAUUUAUUAAAUCAUUUUGGUAACUAUU